AUGGUGUCCUGCAAGGCCGUGGCUGCCCUGCUGGUAGUUCAUGUCGCUGCUCUGCUGGCCUCCCAGACAGAAGCCUUCGUACCCAUCUUCACCUACAGUGAGGUCCAGAGGAUGCAGGAAAAGGAGCGGAACAAAGGGCAGAAGAAAUCCCUGAGUGAGCAGCAGAGGUCUGAAGAGAUGGGUCCCCUGGAUCUCACAGAGCCCACAGAGGAAAAGGAAGACCAAGUUAUCAAGCUGACUGCUCCCAUGGAAAUUGCAAUGAGGAUGGACUCCAGGCAGCUGGAAAAGUACCGGGCCGCCGUGAACGGGCUGCUGAGCAAGGUGCUGCUGUCCACCCAGGGCUGGACGGGGUGGAGGGGGGGGGUGGUUUUGCAGUCAGAGGACAGCCUGCUCCACUCCUGGGAGAAGGUGGCCAGUGGCCAAAACUGA